GGCCGCGCCGCCCCUUCCGGCCCGCCCCGGGCCGCCAUGCAGCCUGCGCCGCGCCUCGCCUUCGGGGUCGUCGCUGACAUCCAGUUCGCGGACGCGGAGGACGGGCACGACUUCGGCGGCUGCCGGCGGCGCUACUACCGGCACAGCCUGCGCUUGCUGCGGGAGGCGGUGCGGGCGUGGGCGGGCGAGAGCCCGCCGAUAGGCUUCGUGCUGCAGCUGGGCGAUAGCAUCGACGGGCAGAACGCCCGGCGCGGCGAGGCCGAGAGCGCCUUGCAGCAGGUGCUGGAGGUCCUGGGGCAGCUCUCGGUGCCGGUGCACCACGCGUGGGGCAACCACGAGCUCUACAACUUCAGCCGGGCCCGGCUGGUGCACACCGGGCUGUACAGCCGGCCCGCGGGGGGCUCGGACGGGCCCGCGGACCGGGAGUGCCACGCGUAUCACUGCAGCCCGGCCCCGCGGCUCCGCCUCGUCGUGCUCGACAGCUACGACACCAGCACCCUGGGCAGGGAGCCCGGCAGCCUCCGCUACCAGGAGUCCCUGCGGGUGCUGCGGGAGAAGAACCACAACGAUGAUCUCAACAGCCCCGAAGGGCUCAAAGAACCUCAUUUUGUAGCAUUUAAUGGAGGAUUUAGCCAAGCCCAGCUGGACUGGUUUGAUGAAGUCCUCAAGUUCUCUGAUGAAAACCAAGAAAAAGUUAUAGUUAUGGCUCACGUACCCAUCCAUCCCUCCGCUUCCAAUGGGGUUUGCCUGGCCUGGAAUUACGAGGCUGCCCUGUCAGUGGUACGCGCACACGGGUGCGUGGUCUGUGUCCUCGCGGGGCACCUGCACGACGGCGCCUACUGCCUGGACUCCCACGGAGUUCACCACCUCACCUUGGAGGGGGUCAUCGAGACGCCCCCGGACAGCAACGCCUUUGGAACUAUUUAUGUCUAUGAAGAUAAAAUGGUGCUAAAGGGAAGCGGCAGAAUUCCUGACAGAGUUAUGCAUUUCUGAAAUACCGGGCAAAUAUAGAUUGCUCUUCUUCAGGAAGGACUCGGACACAAAUGUAGGAGAUUCAGCUGUUUGCUUUUAGAAAGCUGUGCAUGGCUGAUCCUUAUUGCUUUAGCUCAGGCGUUUUUCUCUUGGACACAGAAUUUUAGAAACUGUGUUUCUGUAAGAGAGCGCCUGACUUCUUUUUGGAGAAUAGAGAAGGCCAGUAACUGAAAUAAAUAUACUGGAAUGCAGAAUGUUCAUUUCAAACACCCAAUCCAGACUGUGAAAAGAUGCAAACCAUAUAACAAAUAUUGCUCAAAAAAAGCUCCGCUGCUGUUCUCUCAGUGAGCAUUAAAGCAUGCAGAGUUGUACCUGCCCAGCCACAUCUCUCUUUAUUUAUUUUCUGUGAACAUUACAGUAAGGUCUCAUGUCUGGCAGAAUAUAUCUAGCCUGUAGCCUGGUGACAGGCUCAAAUAUACAUCUCCCAGAAAAUAAAAGAUACUGAGGCUUUCA